AAUCAAUGAGAGUGCUCAGAAAUAGAUUAGGAAAGCUCCCAAGAAAGGUAAAUGAAUUUUUAUGAAUGGAUUUGGUCAAGGAGCUCUAUUGGAAUUCAGUCAGGGAACUGAACUUUUUUUAUUUUUAACAUACAAGUGCAAACCAAAUAGAAAACAAAUGACUGGGACUGUGUAAUUUACGAGGUGGAAACUUAGUGUUCAGAUUCUGAUGCCUUUUUACUGAUAUUGUUAUGUUGCCUUGUAUUGACAUUUUGUUGGGACAAAUCAUCUUUUUUAUUACUGUCAUGUACAACUGUUUUCUGUGGUGUAAACAAGGUCACAUUUACAUAUAUAAUUCUUAACAGAUUGUCUUUUCUGGUGCAUUAUUGCAUGAAAGGAUCUGUUCACAUUUUUCAAGUCUAUCUUAGUGGAUGUAUAUGCCACAUUAUUUGAUGUAUUUGCCACAUUAUAUGUACAUUAAAAGGGAAAUUGGUCUUAUUAGUCCAAAAUACCUAAUUCGUGCUUCCACAGACAGGGUUUGUUUGCUGAGCCACAGCGGAGCGAUAGUAACACAAAGAAGAAAUGUGGUACUGAAAAGACUUUGUGACUUUGGAAGAUCUCCAUUUUAUAUAUUUAUUUUAUUUUAUUAACUUUGCUGGAGCCUCAUAUUAACUUUGGCUGAACCUUUGAUUUUUACAAAGAACGGGAACUGUGGAUUUUGUUCCCCAUCAUAAUGCUGAAAUUGCUUUAAAAAGGGAUCUCAGUAUAUGGACAGAAGGAACAAUUACAGCAACCAGUGACACUUUCAAUGCACAUAAUGGACAUGUGAGCAUUGUUUUUAAGGCAGACUAAAAAAAAGUAGCACGUAGGCACUGCCAUAACAAACAUAACAACCAGCCAUAACAACAUAACUGCGCUAUGGAAACAAUUAGUCAAGCUGAUAUGUAUUCCUUUAUCAGACAAAAAUCAGCAUUACCUUUACCUGAGUCCAUGUCAAUAUUGACACACCACAUAAAGACAAGCAGUCUCAUAUAGACUUAGUACCCUAAUUAAAUCUACCAUGUGGGCCUCUAACACCGGUAGUUUGUUCUGUCAUGGCCUGUCACCCAGUACAUUGCAUACGGUAGUCAGGGACAAAAAGGAGGCAGCUGCAUACUCUUCCUGUUCCUUAAAGCUGACUGAUUAAGCAGUGGAAGACCUCACAACUGAAUGAGUCAACUCUGCAUGUGUUUUAAUGUUUUCAUUUGAAUAAUAAUGAAUUUUAUGGACAGAAUUUGGAGCAGAAUUACAACUGAAUAAAGAGUGUGAGCAUAUGAACACCACAUCUGCAAUGGAAAACUUAACCCUGGCCACCAAUCAUUCAGAAUGUUACUCGGCUGAUAGCUCAUCCAGGAGGAAGCCGUUUCUAUUUUUCUACCUGGCCAUCAUCGUCACUGCCAUCCCAUCCAACGUCUUCUCCCUCUACGUGUCCUGGCAGCACAUUAGACAGAAGAACGAGCUGGGUGUGUAUCUGUUCAACCUGGCCCUGAGUGACCUGACCUUUACCAUCGUCCUCUCUCUGUGGCUGCACUUUCUGUGGACAGGUGUUUGGGCCCACGGUGGCUACGUUUGUGUGCUAUCUGUCUACUUUCUCUUCACUAACUUUUACACCAGCGAUGCUCUCCUCUGCUGCAUUGCUGUUGACCGCUACCUGGCAGUGGUUCACCCAUUAAAGUACACUUUCUUGAGGAAAGUUGGCACUGCAGCAGUAAUCAGCGCUUCCAUUUGGGUGUUGGUGGUCUGUUUCAAUGCCACCACCAUCACCUGGGAGGACUCAUACCAUGAAAACAACAAGUCUUCGGUGUGUUUUGAUAUCUUCGUCCCACUGUCAGAAACCUUGGCUCGGGCUAAUAUAGCACGUUUCUUCCUGGGCUUUAUUGUUCCCAUUCUCCUGCUGAUGUUUUCCACCUGGGGGAUCUGUGAGGCAGUGAAAUCCAACCAGGCCACAGAGGAACAGGAACGUAAACGGAUUUCAAAGCUGCUGACAGUUGUCCUGCUCUGCCUUUUGUUCUGCUUCGGACCUAUUCACGUCCUUAUGCUUCUCCGCACACUAGUGGAUGACUGCAGGAAUGUUGCGUGGCUUCUCUAUCCGUACAAGAUCAGCACAGCUAUCUCGAGCCUGAACUGCCUUGCAGACCCUCUCCUUUACUGCUUCAUUACUAGAACGGGAAGGAUGUGUCUAAGGUGUGGCAUUGAGAUAAACGUGGAUGUAUAA